AUGGCUUAUUUGACAAGGAGGUUUCAGAAAAUGGUUCAAAGAAAUGGAGAUCUUCCAAAAAAGCGCAUCUCCAGCAAACCAAAAGGCUAUAAUUUCUGUCAUAAAUGCGGGAAGCUAGGACAUUUCAUCAAAUAUUGUCCUCUCCACAAGAAAGACCAGUACAAGCACAACACAGGCAAAACAGCCAAGAGGAACCCGGUUCCUGAUAGGAAAUUCAAGAGAAAAGAUGUCGCUGACAAUUUUGUGAAACAUGCUCUUGCUGCAUUAGGAGAUUCCUCUAGUGAAUCUGAGGGAGAUGAUGAACAAGGUGAGACCUCCAUGAUAGCCGUUGAAAGCAAAGCAGCUGAAUAUGACUCCAUCUUUUCCCUGAUGGCAAAAUCUGACGAGAUGAAGAUGAUGAUGACGAUGAGGUAA